GGAGAGACCUGAGCUGUAGUGUACAGAUGUGGGCUGAGGAGAAAUAUUAAUAACAAUAUUAAUAAGAAGGAAAAGUAUUUCAGUUCAGUAGAUGAGAGAUUUCUCUCUUUAAUUGAGCAGAAAUCUGAAUUUAAUCGAAUAUUUAAAGGAAAUGACAGGAAUACCGGCGAGAGUGAUAAAUGAGGAUGUAACGGCAGCGGUUCUUAGUUUCUUGUAUUGACUCGCGCAGCCCUGCGCGAGACUUUAAUUUAAAUUUGAAAAAUAACGGCUGAGCGGUCUAACGGUCACCAACGGUCAGCCUGACUUGCUUUAUUACAGGAAGUGAGAUGACGUCUACAGAAAUGGAGACAAUGAAGAUCACACCGGAAGUCCUCCAAGAGCUGCUCCAGUACUACAACCUAACCCGUCAGGAGUUCAUCCACACAUACAACAUCCAGCCCCUGGUGUACGUACCUGAGCUGCCCACUGGUGCCAAGGCCACAUUUGUGCUUAUUUACACUCUGAUCUUUGUGUUGGCGCUGAUGGGUAACAGCCUGGUGGUGUGUGUUGUGGUAAGGAAAGGAAAAACACAGAGUGCCACCAGCAUCUUCAUCUGUUCUCUGGCCAUCAGUGACCUGCUCAUCACCUUUUUCUGUAUACCCUUUACCCUCCUGCAGAACAUCUCAGCUCAGUGGUUUGGAGGCGUGUUGGUUUGUAAAACAGUUCCAUUCGUCCAGACCACAGCGAUUGUGACUGGAAUCCUCACCAUGACGUGCAUUGCAGUGGAGAGAUACCAGGGCAUCGUUCAUCCGCUCAAAAUGAAGAGACAGUACACACCCAAACGUGCCUACAGGAUGCUGGUGUGUGUUUCAGGCCUGGUGUGGUUGGUGUCUGUGAUGGUGGGGUCACCCAUGCUGUUUGUCCAGCAAUUAGAGGUGAAGUACGAUUUCCUCUAUGAGAACCAUCACGUGUGCUGUCAGGAGUCGUGGAGCUCGGUGCUGCAGCGCAGGAUCUACACUACCUUCAUCAUGGUGGCUCUGUUCGUCCUGCCCCUGGCCGCCAUGCUUUUCCUGUACACUCGCAUCAGCAUCGAGCUGUGGAUCCGCAAACGGGUAGGAGACACCUCAGUCCUCGACACAAUCAACCACACUGAGGUCAACAAGAUCUGCAGGAAGAAAAAGCGUGCAGUGAAGAUGAUGAUCACCAUCGUCUUACUGUUCACCAUCUGCUGGGCACCGUUCCACACCAUCCACAUGCUCUUCGAGUACAACAACCUGGAGCAGAAGUACGACGAGGUGACCCUGAACAUGAUCGUGGCCGUGGUUCAGGCCAUCGGAUUUUCAAACUCGUUCAACAAUCCCAUCGUGUACGCCUUCAUGAACGAGAGCUUUAAAAAGAGCUGCCUUUCGGCCAUGUCCACUCUAUUCCGCAGGCCAGGAGCGCAUAACGUCAGAGUGCACUUCUCCAAAACCCGCCACACCGCCAAGGCUAACCCUAACAGCACCGAGCUCCAGGAGCAGACCAGCUGAACGUUUCGGACGCGACGUGUGGACAUGUGCCGACAAUCAGUGAUGAUGACCUAGUGGACACCACUGAUCCCCUGCAUCGUGUUCUCGAGGAGGAUGGAAAAUAUGACGCAUUUUGCUCAGUGGUGUCUGUGCUCUAAAGCCCAGCACAAGUCUGAAGGAGCGUCGUGUCUGGACUUCUCAGGGAAGCAAUUUUAUUAAUUGUGCUUACUGAAUGAAAGCAUGAUGGGAAAAAUGUCACCUGUACUGCGAAUUAUGGUGUGAUGGUGGCAGUGGAUGAGUAGAUGGAACCUCAUCUAUUUGAAGCUUCGCAGUGGAGGCUGGUAUAGAAGCGAAGAUGCACCACCCUGAUUUACAUUUAUGGCCAAAUGUGGGUGUUUCAGCCACUGCUAACACAUACAGUAUAUACAUCAACUCCAGAUUGAGGUACACACACUUUUAACUCAUUUGAUGGGCACAAAUUUCCACAGGUACAUGUCAAAAUCUUGUGGAAAGCCUUAUUAGAACAGCGGAAGCUGCAAUUUAUAUUACUGCUAAUACUUUUAAAAUGGGACCAGGAGUCAGGUGUCCAGAUACUGUUGACCAAAUAGUGUAUAUAGGUUUGGAAGGAGAUGUCCAAGCACAUGCGGAUCUGACACGUUGAGGGAGUAUUAAGCUUGAACUUCUCACACAUUCCUGUGUGUUCUUAUGUUCAUGCAUCACGUCCUGCUGCUCAGGAGAACUGGGCAAUUAGAGCUGAACUUGUGGAGUUUCUGUGUGAUACACCAGAGAGGGACUGAAGCGUUCCUCAUGUUCCGCAAUGCUUUAGGGACCUUCUAGGACUGAAUCUAACAAAAGUGGAACUUUCUUUGUAUUUACAAAGCAGGUUUCUGGAAAAGUUGGGACACUUAAAAGAUUUCCAGUGUUCUCACUGAUCAACUUCUUCGUAGAUUGGUUUGUAAAUGUAAUUAAAAUUAUUUUUGCAAUUUAUCAAAUGUCCCAACCUUUAAGGAAAUUGGGUUUGAAUUAGAGAUGGGACGAUCGAUCGGCUAUGAAUCGGUAUCGGCCGAUUUUUAAUCAAAAUAUGCUAUCGGCGAUCGGCCGAUAUUUCCUAAAAGUAGCCGAUCCGAUCGUGUGAUAUAUAAAGACCACGUUAAGUUAACAGCUCAGUGGAUUGAUCCAGACUUUGAGCUACAAAGCACCAACCAUCACAUCACCAUUCAUCAACCAUCGUACAGAAACCAUCGUGAAAGCUCUUCAUGACCUAAAAUAACAUCAUUAACGUUGUGCAUCAUACAUACGAUGUAAUUUUGCUGAUUGUAAUAUUUACUUUAAAAAGAUAAUUCA